CCACCACCACCACUUCUACUACUCCACCCACCACCACUUCUACUACUCCACCCACCACCACUUCUACUACUCCACCCACCACCACUUCUACUACUCCACCCACCACCACUUCUACUACUCCACCCACCACCACUUCUACUACUCCACCCACCACCACUUCUACUACUCCACCCACCACCACUUCUACUACUCCACCCACCACCACUUCUACUACUCCACCCACCACCACUUCUACUACUCCACCCACCACCACUUCUACUACUCCACCCACCACCACUUCUACUACUCCACCCACCACCACCACUACUACUCCACCCACCACCACUUCUACUACUCCACCCACCACCACGACUACUACUCCACCCACCACCACUUCUACUACUCCACCCACCACCACUUCUACUACUCCACCCACCACCACUUCUACUACUCCACCCACCACCACCACUACUCCUACACCUACCACCACUUCUACUACUCCACCCACCACCACUUCUACUACUCCACCCACCACCACUUCUACUACUCCACCCACCACCACCACUACUCCUACACCUACCACCACUUCUACUACUCCACCCACCACCACCACUACUCCUACACCUACCACCACUACUGCUACACCCACCACCACCACUACCACACCCACUACCACCUCCACUACUACAAUACCAACUACCACUACUACUGCACCCACCACCACCACCACCACACCGACACCCACCACCACUACAUCAACUGCAACUUUACCCCCUACAAUAACAACUAGCACCACCACAACCUUAGCAACCCCCACCAUCGACACCACCACAGACACGACCUCUCUUGACCCCGCCACGACUACAAGUGAUGACUAUUGGACGACUACAGAGGACGAUGACUCAGUGGUGACCCUUCCUGACGGUGACAACAACAGCAUCUUGGGCCUGUCCAUGUUUGAGUUCAUCGUCGUCCUUCUCUCCUCCUUCCUCCUCCUCCUCGUCCUCUUCACUUGCUUCCUCAUGCUGAUUUUCAAGAGGAAGAGGAGGAUCUACGUCAGAGUUGUCCCUUACACACCACGCGCAGCUCCUAUGAAAUUCCCUCGCACACCUUUGCCUCAAGUAAUACCCACGUCGGAGCUCAUCCCGAGGCCAAUACUACGGCAUACCUCACUUAGCAACGACAGGAAGCCUCGGUCCGUCAGCUGGGAGUACGGUGGAGAGCCCGGCGGAGGGAGGUGGGACGCAGACAACCACAACCCAACACCCCAACGGCACUACAUCACCCUCGACGCCCAGCCAGUCCGCCACGACCCUGGGGAUGUCUAUAGCAUCUCCCAAGGCUUCGACUCCUGGGGGAAUGACAUGCAGAGACCCCAGGAGCCUACCAAUGCCCUCUGGCGAGACGCUCCCUGGGCAGAUAAUAACAUAUACGAGUGGCGCCGAUAAUGUGAUACUUAGGAAGGUUAUAUUCUUACACAAUUCAAUGCCCAAGCACAUAUAUUUGAUGAGACUUUCGUAAGAGUUGUGGGAAUUUCCAUGGGUAGUUUUGUGACCCUGGUGGUAGUUUGACCAUUCUUCUGUAC